CAAAUCCCAACGAUCGAAACUACAAAACCUCUUCAUCUCACCCAGCCACCUUCUUUUUUCUUCUCUUACUCUCGUCUCCUCUCUUUCUCCCAAGGACCCUUAAAAUCACAAGAUUCGCCCGCAGCUCAGCCUAGUGCGACGGGUCGAAUCAUCCGUCCGCAGCAGCGCAACGGCUCCAGUGCAAACCAUCGCCCGCCAGAACCAGGGAGAGCGUGUCGACAAGGACCAACGACUAUUAUCGGGCGUUAUUAGGUCACAGGCCCAGUUUGGUGAGGUCAGCUGGCAGACUCCAAGGAAGCAACCCGGCUUCACUGUGUCUUCUCAUAGGCCUAUUGCUACCCACGCCUACCACCCACCAAACACGACUGCUGCUACACACACUAGGACCACGAGUGUGAGUGUGAGUGUGUAGUCACUCAGCAGCCAUCCAUCCAGUCGAUUCGAGUCCGGCUUUACAUCACAUCACGAGGUGUCUUUCACAUCUCCUCUCAUCACCACUACCGUCAGUCAGCCAAACCAGGAGUGUCUUGUCACUCCCACGCUUCAUCUUUCUACCCACAACGCAGAAACAGACGGACAACACUCGACAAACAGACCACCAGACGCCUUCACUAUCCGUGUUACAGAGUCACAUAACAGUCUAAAGAAACCCUGAAAGAGCCACUCGCACGCCACGCAACGCAGGGCGGUGCUGCUGUUCCAUUAUCCAACCCAACCCACAUUCCCAAGCAAACCCACCAGGUCCAGGGCGGGUCAACGGCCUUCACCGACACUACCGGCGCCAUUAGCCUGCCUGUGUGGUUCGCAUCCAUACCUAGGGUGAAGCAAUUCCACCACCCUGCUGCUACUGCUGCACACGUUCUUCCCGCUUUUCCCCUCUUCCCUCUCUUUCCGUCUGUCCCCCCAUCUCUCCGUUCCCCCCUCUCGCCGGAGGUGUCGUCAUCGCCCCGAAAUCUGGAAUACGGCAACACGAACAACUUCUCCCAGAUUCACAACCACGAACUCCUGCCAUCACCCGACCAUUCCACAACUUCCGGGAACAACUAGACGCACCUUCGACCUCCCGGGACCCUAUUUUUUGGGCCACCACGUUUUUGAGCUACUCUUUGUGAUACCCGAGCUCGACUUAUUUUUUACUUCACUUUCCACCGAUACAUACGUUUAAAUCAUCCACAAUGGCUGGCCGCGCUGAACGCUGGGAUCGUGACCGCUUCAUGUACGAGCGGGAACGCGACCGCGGAUACCCGGACGACCGCGUUCCUCCUCCGCCUCGAAUCCCUGAUGAUCGAAGUCACUAUGAUGAGCGUGACGAUUAUCGCCCCCCACCCCGCCGUGGCAGAGACCACUCGGAUGAGCGUUACGACCGAGGCCCCUAUGACCGCGGACACCGCGGUGCCUACGAUGACGACGUUGUGAGAGACCGUCGCCAUUUCGAGGAAGACCGCUACGGCCCUCGUCGAGGUGAACCGCUCGACCGCGAGUUCGACCGCCGCUUGUUCUUUGAAAAGGAGCCUGCGCCUCAGCGCGAAUUUCGGGAACCAUCUCCGGUCCGUCGUCCGACCAUGGUCCGCCGUCAGUCUUCUCUCGACACGUUCGACCGCCGUCCGCUCCGCUUCUACGAGCGUGAAGAGUAUCCUCCGCCAGCCCGCCGAGAAGACGUCCGUCCCCGCGACCCUCGCGACGAUUACCGUGCACCACCAUACGUCCCGAUUCCUUUGCCCCGUACUCGCCAGCUGGGCCCUGCACCAUCCCAGCGCUACGACGAGAUCCAGAUCGCCGAGCCGGGCUACUAUGGCGACGAGGAGUUCCGUGGAAUGCCCGAGCGAGUGAAGGAGCGCGAGGUCGUCACGUCGCGCCGUCGCAGAGAUCGCAGCCGGGAGUCCAGGGUGUCGAGGUCCACCAGAAAGAGCUCUCACCGAAGCAGCUCUCGCCGAAGCAGCUCGCGGUCCAGCAGUACUUCCAGCAGGACGAGCAGCAGCAAAAGCGCAACGACUAUCCGCAGCAUGUACCCCAAGAAGGGCAAGACCCGUAUCCCGGCCCGCCUGGUGUCCAAGCGAGCCCUGAUCGACUUGGGAUACCCGUACAUCGAGGAGGGUAACACCGUCAUCGUUCUGAAGGCUCUCGGCCAGGAAAACAUCGAUGAGCUCCUGAAGCUCAGUGAAGAGUACAAACAGAGUGAACUUGAGGUUGCUGCCGCCCGCUCAUCGGCCGCCCAUCUUGUUGACGAACGCCACGAAGAAAUUUACACUAUUCCUCCACCAGCGGCCGCACUCCCGCCUCCUCCAGCUCCCGCCUCGGUAGCCCCGCCUCCCGCCCCGCCGACCGUUGUCGCUGCUCCAGCGCCCGCUCCUACGGUCAUCUACGAGGCGGCGCCUCCUGCUCCUGCUCCUGCUCCCGCUCCCGCUCCCGCUCCAGUGGAAGUCGUCAACAAGACAACCAUCAUCCGUGACGUCUCUCCGGCUCGCAGCACGACGUCGUACACGACCUCGACUGCGCCGACAGUCUACGAGCGCCGCGAGUACAGCGAAGAAGUGCCCAUUGGGCCUAUGGCCGUUGCAGAGCGGCGUCGUAGCCGGUCCCGGUCGCGCAAGGACAUCCGAUCCGAGAUCAAGGCGCUCGAGGCCCAGCUUCACGACCGCCGACGGCAUGGAAACCGCGAGCUCGUGCGCGCGGAGCAGAUGCCCGACGGCGCCGUCGUCCUGUUCGAGGAAAGGGUCGAGAAGGUGGAGGAGCCGCGGCGCGGGGUGCGGAUCGAGAAGGACAAGAAAGGUCCUCCUCCUAAGCUUGUGCGCGCCAUGCUGGCCACACUCACGUAAGGGGACGUCCUGUCCUAUCUCUUACGAGGAUGACGACUUGUGGGCCAGUCUGAAAUGUUUGAAUAACUGGAGAAGAUCUUACAGACGUCGUAACGAGGAGACGGACUGCGUUGCAUUUGCCUGGAUGGAUGGGAUUUUGGCAUGGCGAAAUGACUUUUACUUAUUCCCCAAUAGAAAAAAAACGGACAGUGUCGGUGCUGGAUACCUGGGAAGGGAUACCUACAGAUGUAUGACAAUCCAGCCACGGAAGUUGGCUUCUGGGGAGUCUCAUCUCACUCUGUCACUCUCAAAGAUCAACCGGGUUGGUUAUACAUAGGGAUGGAUUUCUGGUGUAUUAUUGUUUAGAGGGCGCUAUUUACGAAGUCAUGAACUCAUUCAUUCACCACCUGACCCAAGUGUAUACUUGCCUGGUUGAGACUCGAGACGAUGCAUGCCCAACGAUGAAGAGCUCAUGGCUUGUCCUUGCCUACACAUACCUAUG